GGUUCCGGGCUGUCCGUGUGACGUGGCUGCGCGCCGGGGGUGGCUCCGGGCUGGGGGCCUAGUGGCUGGGCCGGGCGAGGCAGAGCCGGGGCGGGGCGCGGGACUGCAGCUGGAUGGCCGGGCCCGCCCGGAGCGCUGCAGCUGCCGCCACCGUCACCUCUGCCACUGCACGCACCUGGCAUGCCUGGAUGUUCCUGUCCUGGCUGUGGUAUGGCAGGCCGGAGGCUCCUCUUUCUCACUGCCCUUGCCCUGGAGCUCCUGGGAAGGGCUGGAAGUUCCCAGCCAGCCCUCCGGAGCCUGGGGGCUGCAGCCGCCUGUCGCCUGGAUAAUAAAGAAAGCGAGUCCUGGGGGUCUCUGCUGAGUGGGGAGCGGCUGGACACCUGGAUCUGCUCCCUCCUGGGUUCUCUCAUGGUUGGGCUCAGUGGGGUUUUCCCCUUGCUGGUCAUUCCCCUGGAGAUGGGAACCAUGUUGCGCUCAGAAGCUGGAGCAUGGCGUCUGAAGCAGCUGCUGAGCUUUGCCUUAGGCGGACUCUUGGGGAACGUGUUUCUGCACCUGCUGCCGGAGGCGUGGGCCUACAACUGUAUCAUCAGCUCCGGUGGUGAAGGCCAGAGUCUGCAACAGCAGCAGCACCUGGGGCUCUGGGUCAUUGCUGGCUUCCUGACCUUCCUGGCAUUGGAGAAGAUGUUCCUGAACAGCAAGAAGGAGGACCUCAGCCAGGCCCCCAGCAAAGACCCCACUGCUGCCGCGCUCAAUGGAGGCCACUGUCUGGCCCAGCCGGCUGCAGAGCCCGGCCUGAGAGCCGUGGUCCGGAACCUCAAAGUCAGUGGCUAUCUCAACCUGCUUGCCAACACCGUAGACAACUUCACUCAUGGACUGGCUGUGGCUGCUAGCUUCCUUGUGAGCAAAAAGAUUGGGCUUCUAACCACCAUGGCCAUCCUUCUGCACGAGAUCCCCCAUGAGGUGGGUGACUUUGCUAUCCUGCUCCGGGCUGGCUUUGACCGAUGGACUGCAGCCAAGCUACAGUUCUCUACAGCCCUGGGGGGCCUUCUGGGGGCCUGCUUCGCCAUCUGGACACAGUCUCCCAGAGGAGUAGAGGAGACAGUGGUCUGGAUCCUGCCCUUUACCUCUGGAGGCUUUCUCUAUAUUGCCCUGGUGAAUGUAUUGCCUGACCUCUUGGAAGAAGAUGACCCCUGGCACUCCCUGCAGCAGGUGCUGCUGCUCUGCUCCGGUGUCGUGGUGAUGGUGCUCCUCUCGUGCUUCGUCGAGUAACCGUUGCCGAUACCCCACUCUGCAAAGCGAGCAAUAAGAGACUCCAAUUUGUUCUGUGACUGUGUGUGUGGGGCGGAAGGUGAAGGCUUGGCCCAGCCUCUCCUUGGGCCAAGGGGCUGCGUGGUGUGCACGUGCAGCCAGAGUGUGCGUGACCGAGACUGACACUGUGAUGCGUGUGCAGAGCCCACCACCCCACCUGCCUCACCACCCCACUGUCUUCUGGUAGUAAGGAAGGACAGCACUGGUGCCACCACAGGCCUCACGUCUUACUCAGCAAAGAAAGCAGCCCAAGGAGCCCAGGGCUACAGAGAGGCCCAAAGUUGUUCCUCCUGGGCCCCGAGCCCCAAAGUAAUUAAACCUCUGCCCGUACAUCUGGGCCCCAAGCACCUUAGAGGCAGAGGCUGCACAGCUUUCCUCUACUGUCCUUUUGCCUAGCCCUUCCUACAGCCAAAGAAAGGGGAGGUGGGUGCUUUGUCGCCCCAGCCCACUCAGCACUGAUGUCCUAUCCCUCCCCAGCACUGAGCAGGCAGCAGCUCCAGGACCUCUUCCUAGGGGCCAGCAGCCUGGCCAGCAAAUGCCUCCAGCUGCACAGGCAGCUCUCACCACUUAGCUGCCAAACAGCGGUCUGCAAAUCAGUGAGUAGUCCCUCUCCCGAUGAGGCUCUCCAGGAUGCUCCUGCCAGCGCAGGGUCCAGUGGACAUGCCCCCGGCAGGGAAGAGUGAGCCUAGCUGCCAACCCUGCUCAGGCCCCUUGUCCUUUGGGUUGAGAGUAAGGUGGGCGUGUUGAGGGCUCCACAUUGUCAGUGCUCAGGAAUGUGAACUGGGAGAAUGCUGAAGCCAUAAUCCCCAACUAUUUCCCUUGGCUGACGCCCAGGUACUCAGCUGGCCCAGUCUACAGCCAGCCUCCAGCCCUGCUGCUCAACUGUGGGUGUUAGAGAACUUCUAACUGAAGAAUCUGAAUGAUUCCAUAGCAGUUAUGCUAUGGCUCAUCUUUAUCUGUAAAUACUUGUUCUAUAGAGAUAAAUAAAUAUUACUAGACUG